AUGGCCGCGUUGUUCACGGCGAAGCUAGGGCGUCAGGCGUCCGGGUACCUGCAGGACAAGUACAAGCAGGCGAGGCUGGCCCUCGGCGACGUAACUCCGGCAGAGCUGGCUGUGCAGGAGGCGACCAACGACGACGCGUGCGUCCCGGACGCCAAGACGCUGGCGUCCAUCGCGGAGGCGGCCUUCGACAUCGACGACUACUGGCGGAUCGCCAACGUGCUCCACCGCCGCCUCGGCUGCGUCCACGACUGGAAGGAGUGGCGGCCGGUCUACAAGGCGCUCGUCGUCCUCGAGUUCCUCCUCACCCACGGCCCCGAGGAGCUCCCCGGGGACUUCCUCCCGGACAUGCAGGCCCUGCGCGACCUCCGCGGCUUCACCUACACCGACGACAAGGGCUUCGACUGGGGCGCCUCCAUGCAGCGCCGCGCCGACAGCGUCGUCGGCCUCCUUACCGACGCCGACCGCCUCAAGGACGCGCGCCAGAGGGUCCGCUCCCUGUCCUUCUCCCACGACGGCGGCAGCCCGACCUCCUCCGUCGCCUCCUCGGGCUCCUCCCGGGCCUCCCGCGGCACCUGGUCCUUCGCCUCCUCCUCGCCGCACUACUCCGAUAGCCCCACCUUCGUCUGCCUCUGCGGCCCCAACGUCGACUACCGCCAUGACAAGAAGUUCGACGCCUACACCGCCGACGACAAGCGCGAUCUUGUCGGCGAGCAGGAGGUCGACGACUACCCGACUCCGCACAGCCAAGGAAGCUGGCUCGAGGAAUCGACCCCAUUGUCCGGCUCCCCGGUCAGCUGCGGCAGCGCCAGAAGCGCCGGCGGUGGCAGGAGGGCGUCCGGCUUCAAUAGCUUGUCUCAGCCUGAGAGAAGGAACAGCAGCAAGAAGCUCCAGCGCCAGCUUUCCUUGCACUAUUAAUUUUAGUUGCCUAAUUCGUUCAUCAUUCAUCCAUCAUUUUGCUGCUGAAGUGUAUUAAUUCUUGGUUCUGCUUACUAGAUUCCACCUUAUGCGCUAGCUGUUGGCGCAAGUACGUCAAUCACCUCAAAAUUUAGUAGAUUUGAAAUAUCGUUUUCAUUAGCCAUUAGUCUCUAUGUUGAAAGAGUUUCUGUUGAAGAAAUAGCUAGCUAGGCCUACAACUUUUCCCAUGUCUUUUUGUCUGAUGUCUGGAUGUUAUUGGAAACCUUAUGUUGAAAGAGUUUCUGUUGAAGAAAUAGCUAGCCUACAACUUUUCCCAUGUCUUUUUAUUUGAUGUCUUGAUGUUUUUUUUUUUGAAGUAUUUGAUGUCUUGAUGUUGGAAACCUUAUUUUGAGAUUUGAAGGAUGGCAUUUGCUGACAUGGUUUUUCUAACAACAGACACAUCUUUAAUUGAAGUAAAUAUAAUCUAGUAGGGAUGAAAUGUAGCUUCGAUCAUUUAAUUCACAAGAGAACUACUCCGUAUUUCAUAACAUUUCAGGUAGGGAAUGGCUAGAAGCCAGUUAGCUGACUUUUUCAUUUGUGGUCAGUCGAUUUCUCAGCCAUUGGAUGCAAAA